AUUUUGUCUUGGAAAAGUAGAUCUGCGUGACUAUGUCUCCUCGCAUUGCCAGAGUCUCCCUUCACUGCGAAUGCAGCCCCAGCAUCAUCCCCAAUCAAGAAAGCCAGCUCGUACGAAGGUCAGCACGUCUAGCAAAAAGGGCCACAUGGCAGAGAUAUGCAUCUUGCACUCAAUCCGAUGGCUCACUAUCUCGCGCAGAAAGUCACAACAAUACCAUCACUCCACCAUCUAACACCAUGACCUUUGUUAAACCUAACAACGCCCGUCGCCUUCACCCAUUCAUCAUUGGUUCAACUACUGACUCUACAUCAUCAUCCGAUUACCCGGACAGCGACACCGAACUCGCCACACAAGACGACCAACAUCCUUCCUUUCCACCUCUCCACGCGACCUUCUUAGCACGUACCACACUGCACAAGCGUAGCACAAGCUAUGACAGUACUUACGAGUUUAGCAACGAAUCCUACGAACUCGACAGCUUCGUCGUCAGCGAUAACCACAGCGACAACACUGACAACAUCGACUAUGGCUACCACGCCGACGAGUCCGCCGCAGAUGAAGUCCAAAGAAAAAAUAGUAUCUGCUCUACAUCCUCGGAAGACACUUUAUUCGUCCCUGAAGUAAAGAUUAGAAAGAAAAACGUACACCACCCACAUCUUCCAUUUCGCAGUAAACAGGUUGGAACUGCAUCGCCAGAAGAAGUAGCAGAGCAGAUUUCAGAUGCUAUACUGCUUUUCUCGAAGAGGUGUAAUAGGGGGAUGAAGGCUAUGAGUGUUAAAAUUACAGAGGGUGAUAUGCGGGAUGGGGAGGUGAGAGAGGGGUUGAAGAGAGCGGGGAAAUUGGGGUUGGUGGUGAAAAAGGAGGUGAGCGUGGGGUGUGUGGUGUGGUAUUUUGGGGCCAAGGGUGGCAAGAGGGUCAUGUGAAUGACAAAGGAGAGGCAGUAUGCUGGUGGG